AUGAAGAAGACUCAUUUGGUGAGUUUGAGUAUUGAGAGUUUCUUGUUUACUCUGUCAGGAAGGACAGCCAUCCAUUGGGCUGCAGUGAAUAAUCACGUGACUAUUGUAGAGAGACUUGUGUCUUGUUCUGUUCCUGUUGAUAUCAAGGAUAAUGUUGGUUGUACAUCACUGUGGUUUGCUGCUAGUAAUGGUCAUGUGUGUUGUGUUGAUGUUCUCCUAAAACAUGGAGCGAGUCCCCAACAUGAGAGUAAGAGUGAAGGAUCACCACUGGAGAUUGCCAAGCAACGUGGUCACAGUGAUGUGGUUAAGAUGAUGGAAGAAGCCAUAAGAUUGAGAUCUCAUCCAUAUGUGAAGGGAGAUGUUGCUGUCAUGAGACAUCAAGACCAACAGACAAUUGCUGAACUGCAGAGUGAAGUCGAGAAGAAGACAGAAGAAUUAAGACAAUCAUCCCUGGUCCAUGAGAGUGAAGUGACGAGGUUGAGGAACGAAAUCCAAUAGAAAGAGAAGGAAGUUAGUGAAGGCCACAUGGUAUCUGAUGAAUCUUGGUUAUUGUCACAGCCAGUAGGAGACGUCAUGCAUGCUGUCAGUGCUUUGGCUUGUGAUCAGUGGAGUGAUGUUGGACUUGAGUUAGGAUAUCGAAUGCCUGAAAUCAACUCAAUGACUUCAUCCAUUCCUGUACUUGGUAGCAAACUACAUGCCAUACUGCAAACAAAAGCACUUGCUGUUCGCACAUGCGAUUUCAUUCGUAUGAUGUUGUCUGCUUGUCAGCGUAUUUCCAUGCCAAUUAGUGGUGCUACAAUAAGAGAUGAGGUGGUUAAACGUCAAGAGAGACUGAGAGCACAGAACGGUGGACAAUAGAAUAAUUGACUUUGUCACUUUGUUGUCUGUAUGGCUGAUCAUAUGGUUUAUGCUUUAUUGUUGAGUGAUGUGUUAGUAAGAAUAUCUUUCUUGUUUGUAAUGCUUCGUGCAUUUAGCUAUUUGUGUUUUAGGGUUUUUAUUAAAAUUACAGCUUGAACACACUAAACAUUAGGUGCAGUGUAAUAUUUACGCUAAAGUUUUAAAUGUUAAUAUCAGGGA